AUGGCUUCUACUUCUUGCUCAAGGAAUGAAUUCAACCCCACCGAUGAUGAACUCAUUCAAUUGUUUCUUUACAAUAAGAUCAAUGGGAACCCAUUGCCUAAAGAUGUUACUAUUCUUGAAUAUGACUUAUUUGGUAUAAAGAACCCUUGGGAGAUUUGGGAAGACUUUGCAGGUUCACAUUCUUAUCGUGGAACUGACCUUUAUUUCUUCACCACCCUAAAGAAAAAGUUCUCCACUUGGUCACGCUCGGUUCGCACCAUUGAGUAUGGUUCAUGGGAAGGUGAAGACAGGGGAAAAAAUGUUGUGGCUAAUGGCACGAAGCAAUGUGUUGGGGCCAACAAUUAUGUUCUAUGCAGGUUAAGAAAGAAUAUACGACAUGAUGAUUAUAACAAAAAGAAUUUAAAUAGAACUAGGCAAGAAGAGAUCAAGGUGACCCAACAAAGGAAGAGAGUUGUUCUUGGACUUGGAGCUCCCACCGCAUAUGUCGAUAGGAAUGUUUGUUCGGGGGAAGACAUUCAUCAAGAACCAAGAAAACAAGUUGAAUGUGGAGACAAGAGAACCAAAGAGGUUGAGAUUUCCGCAAGAACUGAGUUGGUAUAUAAGGAAGACGAAGAUGAUGUUUUCACCAUGAUUUGGCCAGAGUUAUUUCCGUUGCAGUUGAGAAAGGCUAAUGGAGGCUUAGUCCAAGAGAAAGAAAUCCAAAUGCUUCCCAAUACAUUUUACACUGAGUUGUUGUUGGAGAGGUUACCGCCAUUCUACAUAUGA